AUGAGUUCUAAUGGUAGUGCAUUGAAGGGAUCAGGUAAAUGUAAGUAACGAAUCAAAUAGCAACCCCUGAUUUGGCAAAAUAAGUGUUGGUCCAGAAAUUGGCUCAACAAAUAGUGAACCAGAUAGUGUCAGAUGAUGUUAUUGACGAUAAAAUUGAGGAGGAAGAAAAUCAAAACAAAGAGCCUACGUGCUGUCAAAUGUUCUGUGCUCCCUUUACGUUGAAAUACUAUUAACCAUUCUUCAAUGAUUUAACAACUAAAGUAAUAGCAUAAAAACUAUGGGCAUCCUUUUUCCCAUUCAAAGCAACCUUCUUUGAAAUUCAAGAUGGAAAGGCAGAUUUAUAUGGGCCAAUCUGGGUUUAUGCCACCUUAGUAUUUGCAGUAGCUGCUGCAGGUAACAUCUCAGGUUAUUUGGCAACUCCAAGCAACAUUGCAUUCCAUUACAAUUUCGAUUUCAUACCAACGGCAUCAUCCUUACUAUUUGGAAUAGCAUUUCUAGUACCGUUUGCAAUUUAUAUGGUUAUGAAAAUGUUGGGAGGCAGACAUCUCCAUUUAACAUCAGUUAUCUGUAUAUAUGCCUAUGCUUAAACAUGCAUAAUACCUGUGUGUGUGGUAUGCUCAAUACCAAAUCCUUAAUUGCAGUGGGGAGCAUUGAUCUACGCAAUGAUUAACUCAUCUUUGUUCUUGAUUGUCAAUUAUUGGGGGUAUUGAUAUGAAUGGCAAUAUCUUUUAGAGAGUUGGAGAAGAACAUAUAGGCCAAGAAACACAUAGUGAUCUGGUUGAUUGCUGGAUGUUAGGUGGUGUUGUUGUUAUUGUUCAAGAUGUACUUCUUCUUGUAUGUAUACACAAACCCUUAUACUGGAUCAAGAUUCGAUUAGCUCACAAAGAUUGUAAAUGAAUAUUUGUAAUUUAGGUUCAUACGGAUCACUUCUUUUUGCAUCAUCAUCAAUAACAUUGA